UUUCCCCUCUCCAUUAUUGCAUACAUCCAUACAAGUCCUUACCUUGCAUUCCUUUUUAUAUCCUUCUCUAAAAUCUAGUCUGCUUUUAUGUACCCCCUCACUUUUUGCUUCUUUCUUUGAGGGUACUUCUUAAAAAAAUUAAGUAAAAGAAAUGUCCACCAUGUCUGAAAUCUCAUUAUCUUCCUCUUCACCAUGUUCAUGGCAAGAUCAUGAAGCUUCAAUUUCUUCUCCAUUGAAAAUUCAAUUGGUUUCUAAGUCAGUGUCAGAGAGACUGCUCUCAAAAUUUUCUGAUUUAACAGAGUUUGAUUUUGAUUACUCUAAAAGUGGCUUGUGGUCUCCUCCAUUUGAAAGAAGCCACGUGUUCCUAAGCUCACCAGCUGGGCAAAUUCUUUCACGUAGAGAAAUGGCUGCUAAAUUGAAUAAAGUCUUGAAAAGACAUCAGAGAAGAAGACGUUGCUUCAAUGCAUGUUUAUGUUCUCCAAAAAGAUUCUGAUGUCUCAAGCCAUAAGAAGUAGUCUUGCAAGAUGUUCGAUUUAUUGAGAGAGAAAAUGCAGGAAAGAUCUUUAAUUUCUAACUAUUUUCCCGUUCAGAAUGUACAUGUUUUUAUGUAAUUAUUAAUUAUAAUAUAAAGGAAUGGAUAAUUGUCUGGUGUC